UAUCACAAAAGGUCCACCGAAGGAUACCCGAUAAAUUUCUGCUACUUUAUCUUCCCCUUCUCUCUCCUUUCCCACAAACCGCGUCUCCGCUUCUCGAGCCCACCCACAAAUCUUCGGAGAAGAGAGAGAGAGAGAGGGGCAGGGCGGCCAGAGGAGGCACGCCUGCCCGGAUCAUAACCAACUGUAGAUGAAAGAAGGGUCUACAAGAAUUAGAUGACAAAUAGCCUGGAAGCUGGCCUGCGUGUUAGGUCUGAGAAGACGAAAGAAUUCGUUUGGAUUCAAAUUUGCCCGCUCAUCAAUCAUGGUUCUUGAUUCAUUAUCAUCGCCUCACAGGAGGUCGCAAAACACAUUCUUUCUGUCAUCUCCUAAGAAGCCUCAAUCAUCUCGUGAUGAUGUUGGUAGUUGGUCUGCCCUGGUUGAGCGGCAUCGCUUUCUCUUGACAACGCUAGUGGUGCUUGCCUUCCUGUGCACCAUAUAUCUUUACUUCGCGGUGACCUUGGGGGCACCACAAGCUUGCUCAGGGUUGGCGGGCGAUGAAAUGACCGUAUGUCAGGAAAAAUCAGCCCUGCAACAUGGAAAGUUGAAAUAUCGCUAACUCCGCUUGACAGUUUACAAUGUGCUUGUGGUCCAAAUUCGUAUAUUCUUUAGUUGUGGAUGCUGAAAGGGCUUGUAUUGAUGCUGCUGUACAUUUUAAUGGAGUGAUAGAGGGGAUUGUAUGUGCUCUGAUGAAACCGUAUAACUGAAUAGGUCCCAUUUUAUUA